AUGUUGCCGGCCAAGCGGAACAAGGUCGACAUCAGUAAACUCACGGAAGAGGAGCAGAAGCUCUUCCGCCUGUACGGAAAGCUUCCUACGCACAAGAAUGUCCUGACGAAGAUGCAGAAGGAUCGCAAGUACUUCGAUUCUGGUGAUUAUGCGCUCUCAAAAGCAGGAGUCGCUCCUCAGAACACGGUUGGUACCGCGAUUCCCAACCCGGAGAACAUCCCGCAUGCAUCCUCGCCCCAUGUUGCUCAUCAGUCACUCUCCGUCUCGCCCACAAACUCGAGUCCCGUUAAAGAGAGCCCGCUCGCCGAGCUGGAGGACACCAAGACCACCUCCGAAGACGUAGACGAGGCCGCACCCGCCGAGCCAGCAUCAGAGCCUGAGGCAACUGAGCCUGAUUAG